AUUUUCCGAGUAUUUUAUGAUAGACUGGUUGACAAUGGAGACCGUACUUGGUUUUUUGAAUGUGUGAAAAAAGUUUGCCAAGAAGAACUCCAUCAGGAUUUUCAUGAAUUACUCUCAUCACUGGAUGUUGAUAACGAUAAUAUUGUAACAGAAGAUGAUAUGCGAUCUCUUAUGUAUUGUGAUUUUAGUGAUCCAAAGUCAGACAGCCGCCUUUAUUUGGAGGUCACAGAUUUCAGUUCUUUAAAAACAAUCAUUGAAGGUUAUUUAGAAGAAUAUAACAACAUGAGCAAGAAACCAAUGGGUCUUGUUUUAUUUAGAUUUGCUGUUGAGCAUCUGUGUCGUAUCUCCAGAGUCCUUAAACAGCGUCGUAGUCAUGCUUUGCUUGUUGGGGUUGGUGGAUCAGGAAGACAGUCUCUUACACAUUUAGCAGCUCAUGUUGCAGACUAUGAACUUUUUCAGGUGGAAAUAAGCAAAAGCUACACGAUGACUGAAUGGCGUGACGACCUUAAAUUGAUUCUUCGCAAAUCAACAGUUUCUGAACAGCAUGGUGUUUUCCUGUUCACUGACACUCAAAUCAAGGAGGAAUCAUUUUUAGAAGAUAUAAAUAACUUACUUAAUGCUGGUGAAGUUCCAAAUCUGUUUGCAACUGAUGAAAAACAAGAAAUCUGUGAGAAAAUGAGACAGAUCGAUAAACAAAGAGAAAAAUCUCAACAAACUGAUGGCUCUCCAGUUGCUCUGUUUAAUUUAUUUAUUCAGAGAGUACGUGAUCAGUUGCACAUUGUUUUAGCCAUGAGUCCAAUUGGAGAUUCCUUUCGAAAUCGAUUGCGUAAAUUCCCAUCAUUAGUUAAUUGUUGCACUAUUGACUGGUUCCAGGCAUGGCCUGAGGAUGCCCUUGAAGCUGUUGCUACCAAAUUCCUUGAAGAAGUUGAACUAGCAGAAAAUGAAAGGGAUGGCUGUAUAUACAUGUGUAAGAGUUUCCAUACUACUACAGAGGAAUUUUCACAACUUUAUUUUACAAAGUUGCAGCGACAUAAUUAUGUUACACCCACUUCAUUUUUAGAACUAAUUUCUACAUUCAAUACUCUUCUGGAAAAAAAAAGGAAGUCAGUAUUGAAUGCAAAAAAACGUUAUGAAACUGGUUUGCAAGAACUUCAAAAUGCUGCAUAUGCUGUAACUAAAAUGCAAGAAAAAUUGACUAGUCUUCAGCCAACUUUAGUUAUUGCUGGCAAAAAAGUUGAGGAACAAAUGGCAAUAGUUCAAGCUGAAUCAGCAGAUGUUGCUGAAGUGGAAAAAGUAGUCAAACAAGAUGAAGCUGUAGCAAAUGAGCAGGCUGCAGCUGCACAAGCUAUUAAAGAUGAAUGUGACUCGGAUCUAGCUAAAGCUGUUCCGAUUCUUGAAGCUGCUUUAGCUGCUUUAGAUAUAUUGACUCCUGCUGAUAUAACUGUAGUAAAGUCAAUGAAAAGUCCUCCAGCUGGUGUAAAACUUGUCAUGGAAGCAAUAUGUGUUUUAAGAGGUAUCAAACCUGAUAGAAUACCUGAUCCUGCUGGAACUGGGAAAAUGAUUGAAGAUUAUUGGGGUCCUUCUAAAAAACUGUUAGGAGAUAUGAAAUUUUUAGAUGGUUUAAAAAACUAUGACAAGGAUAAUAUCCCUGCAAAAGCUAUGAAAGAAAUCAGACAAAAAUAUACAUCUAACCCCGAAUUUGACCCAGAAAAAAUCAAAAGUGCCUCAACAGCUGCCGAAGGUUUAUGCCGCUGGGUUCGAGCAAUGGAUUCGUAUGAUCAUGUUGCCAAAAUUGUGGCCCCCAAAAAGGAAGCUCUAGCUCAUGCAGAAAGUGAUCUGGCUGAAGCUUUAGCAGCCCUCAAAGUGAAACAGGAUAGCUUAAAAGAAGUACAAGAUAAACUGGCUGAAUUAGAAAGGAAACUUGCCCAAGCACAAAAAGAAAAAGAAGAUCUUGAAAAUCAAGUUGAGUUAUGUGCUACUCAACUAGAACGAGCUCAGCUCUUAAUUGGUGGCCUAGGAGGUGAAAAGGAUCGUUGGAGUGAAUCUGCUGUACAACUUGGAAUUCAGUAUGAUAAUUUAACUGGAGAUAUAUUAAUUGCUUCAGCUGUGGUUGCUUAUCUUGGAGCUUUUACAUCAGCUUUUCGACAAGAACAAUGUUUUGCAUGGGUAGCUGCAUGCAAAGAACAUGGUAUACCAUGUUCAGAGGAAUUUUCAUUAAGAACUACUCUCGGGGACCCUGUACUUAUAAGAGACUGGAAUUUAGCUGGUUUACCUACUGACAAUUUUUCAGUUGAAAAUGGUAUCAUCAUCAGCAACGCUCGCAGAUGGCCACUUCUGAUUGAUCCACAGGGUCAAGCAAGUAAAUGGAUAAAAAAUAUGGAGAAAGCAAACAAAAUGCAAGUCAUAAAGCUUACUGAUUCAGAUUUUGUUCGGACUUUGGAGAAUUGUAUUACAUUUGGAAACCCAGUAUUACUUGAAAAUGUUGGAGAAGAGUUGGAUCCUGUUUUAGAGCCAUUGCUGCUGAAGCAAACAUUUCGUCAGGGAGGUAUGGUUUGCAUAAAGCUGGGAGAUUCAACUAUUGAAUAUUCUUCAGAUUUUCGCUUUUAUAUUACAACAAAAUUACGCAAUCCUCAUUAUUUACCUGAAACUUCUGUAAAAGUAACACUGGUGAACUUUAUGAUAACACCAGCUGGACUUGAAGAUCAGCUGUUAGGUAUUGUUGUAGCAAGAGAGAAACCUGAAUUGGAGGAGCAAAAAAACAACCUUCUUUUACAAGGAGCUGAAAAUAAAAGGCAACUGAAAGCAAUUGAAGAUAAAAUUUUAGAACUUCUAACUUCUGGUACUAAUAUUUUGGAAGAUGAAACAGCUGUAAAAAUUAUAUCAUCAAGCAAGGAGCUAUCUAAUGAAAUUCAGCAAAAGCAGGUGUUUGCUGAAGAAACUGAAGCACAAAUUGACCAAACUAGAUUAGGCUACAAACCUAUUGCUGUUCAUUCUUCUAUCUUAUUCUUCACAAUAGCUGAUUUAGCUAGCAUUGAUCCAAUGUACCAGUAUUCUUUGCCUUGGUUUAUAAAUUUAUACAUAAAUGCUAUUGAUAAUUCAGAAGUGUCAGAUAAUCUAAACGAAAGACUAGAAAUUCUGAAGAACUUUUUUAUGGAAUCCUUAUAUGUUAAUGUUUGCCGAAGUUUAUUUGAAAAGGAUAAGCUUCUUUUUUCUUUCUUACUUUGCAUUAACAUUUUGAAAGCUGAAGGUAAAAUUAAUGAAGAAGAGUGGAGAUUUUUACUCACUGGUGGUAUAGGUCUUGAAAAUCCUCAUCCCAAUCCUUUUUCAUGGUUACCAAAUAAAUCUUGGGAUGAAUUUUGCCGCCUCAGUGACAUGAAAUUUUUUUCUGGUCUUCGGGAAUCAAUUUGUGAAGAGGAGAAAGCAUUUAAAGUUUUAUUUGAUAGUCUGAUGCCUCAUGAAGAGAUUAUACCAGGUGAAUGGAAUAAUAAACUUUCAAGUUUUCAAAAGCUUCUCAUUAUGAGAUGCAUAAGAUUUGACAAAAUGAUUCCUGCUGUUCAAAAGUUUGUCAUGGAUAAUCUUGGAAAAGCAUUCAUUGAACCUCCUCCUUUUGAUCUAGGAAAAGCUUUUGCAGACAGUAAUUGUUGUUCUCCACUAAUUUUUAUUUUAUCACCUGGAGCUGAUCCAACUGCUGCUUUGCUGAAAUUUGCUGAUGAUCAGGGAUUUGGAGGUUAUCGUUUAAACUCUUUGUCGCUUGGUCAAGGACAAGGUCCUAUUGCAAUGCGGUUAAUUGAAGAAGGAAAAUCCCAGGGUAGCUGGGUUGUACUCCAAAACUGUCAUCUAGCUAAAUCAUGGAUGCCUAUUUUGGAAAAAGUAUGUGAGGAACUUUCUUUAGAAAAUACAAGUCCUGAAUUUCGUUUAUGGUUAACAUCAUAUCCAGCUGAUCAUUUCCCUGUAUCAGUUUUGCAAAAUGGUGUUAAGAUGACCAAUGAACCACCAAAGGGAUUGAAAGCCAAUAUAAUUCGGUCAUACCUUAGUGAUCCUCUUUGUGAGUCUGAAUUUUUUGAAGGCUGUACCCAACCAGAAGCAUUCAAGAAAUUACUGUAUGCAUUGACAUUUUUCCAUGCUUUGGUACAAGAACGGAGAAAAUUUGGUCCCUUAGGAUGGAAUAUUCCUUAUGAAUUUAAUGAAACAGAUUUAAGAAUUAGUGCCCAACAGUUGUCUAUGUUUUUAAAUCAGUAUCCAGAAGACAUUCCAUUUGAUGCCAUCAGAUAUUUGACUGGUGAAUGUAACUAUGGAGGGCGUGUUACUGAUGACUGGGAUCGCCGAACUCUUAUCACCAUUUUAGGAAAAUUCUAUUGUAAAGAAACUGUUUCUGUUGAUAGUUAUUGUUUUGAUUCUGUUGGAAUUUAUUAUGCUCCACCUGAAGGAACAUACCAAUCAUAUAUUGACUACACAAAUACAUUACCCCUUAUCGCUAAGCCAGAUGUCUUUGGAAUGCACUCCAAUGCUGAAAUUACUAAAGACCAAGGAGAAACUAACUUACUGUUUGAUAGUAUUCUUCUUACUCAAGUAAACUUGCUGUUUCUUAGCUCAUUACUAACAAUUAUUCUGAAGUGA